AUGGAAGUCAGAUAUUUUACAGCGUUUUACUUUCUUUUGUCUAUGUGGUUCCAACUCUUUUGUCUUUCUUUUACCAGGUUCUUAGUGACUUUUGAUAGUGUCCCCAAGACUCUAAACUUUAUAUUCAACAACCUAUCAUUAUCUAUCUAUCUAUCUAUCUAUCUAUCUAUCUACCUUCUUCUUUAUUCAUCUAUCUAUCUAUCUAUCUAUCUAUCUAUCUAUCUAUCUAUCUAUCUAUCUCAUUCCUAUUCAUAUCUAGCUCUUUCCUAUUCAUAUAUAUAUAUAUAUAAGGCAUUUCUAUGCGUUAAAAAUUUGUUUUUGAAAAUACCAGAAUUGAACAAUCAGCAUCCCUCCCCCUCAACUCUCACUCUCACUCUCUCUCUUUCUCUCUCUCUCUCUCUCCAACUAUUUAUAUGUAUAACCUCUGCCUCUAUAGUAUUCUCAUUUCUUUUCUAUCUCUUUAUCACUCCUUCUCUCGUAAUUCUUUCUUCAUAUAUUUUCUUUCUUUCUCACUUUCUUCUCUCUUUUGUUUCUCUCUUUCUUUAUGAAUCCCUCAGAGUAUUUUUUCUUUUUUUCUGUCUUACUUUCUUUUGUUCCUUCCAAGUCUGUUUAGUCUUUUUCUCUCUAUUUUUCUCUUCCUCUUUCUCGCUUUCUUUUCUUUUUACAAUCUAUCUGUCUCUGUCUUUCUUUCUUUUGUUCCCUCCAAGUUUGUUUAGUCCUUUCUCUUCUCGCGUUCUCUCUUUCUCUCUCCCCACCACUCUCUCUCUCUCUCUCUCUCUCUUACACACAUUUCUUUUUCGAUUUCUCUCUUUCUUUGUACAUAUCAACUUAUUUACUAAAAUAAGAAUUACUUUCUUUUCUUUCUUUCUUUCUUUCUUUCUUUUCCCAUUCUUUUUUAUUCUUUUCCAACUGCCUUUAACAUUAUUCUUCCUCUCCCUCUUUUUUCUCUUUUUCUUACCUAUACAUUUUUUCCCAACUUCAUUCUUUCUUUCUUUCUUUCUUUCUUUCUUUCUUUCUUUCUUUUCACGGUUAAAUAACGUUCAUUCUUUCUCUCUAUUCACGUUUAUUUAUUUAAUCCAAAAUGACUUUUCUUUUUUUUCCUUUUAUUCUUUCUUUCUUCCGAUUUCCAAAAGGUAA